UUGGGAACAUUUUGAUGGAAUUCUUUAUUUCUAUUAUUACCCCAUCCCCACGGGAUUUACUGCCUUGGUGGCUGUGGAUGAUCAAAAUUAUGAAUUGCAGCUGCUUGCUUGAUUGAGGAGACAGUACCUUCAUUUUUGGAAACUAUUUACUCUCCGUGUCACUACUUGCUUUACAUGUCUGCUUUCGGUGAUGGGGUAGGGUAAGCUUUUAAAGGUGUACACUGGAUGUUAGUGAGGUUUUUAACCAUCGUUGGAGGUGAUAUUAAGGGUAAAAUGAAAGCAUAUGGGUGUAUGUAGAAUUACCUUGUAAAUUUGGCAUCUUAAAUGAAAAGUCAUCUAAAAAUCUGAAUUGAGAUCCAACGGCUGUCAGUCAUCCACCUCACCAUAGCUACUAUAUAAUCUCGAAAGCCCAAGCUCCGCCAUUCAUUAGCAUUUCGUAUCCGAAACCCUAGAUUGUUCUUUCCGCCUCAUUUAAUUUUGGUCAUUUCGCGAAUUUUGAUCUUAAAGAUGAAUCAGAAAGUUACUACGGAAAUCAAAGAUACCAUUUGCAGCAGCUGUUUUUGUGGCAAUCAGAAGUUCCUUCACCAUGUCUGGGAUGGACAUAAAAGCCAAAAGAUCUGCACAUCAUGCGUGCUGUUUUCCAAUAGAUUGUACUUUUGUCCCACCUGUUUUUACGUCCCUUCAGAACAAUCUGAGCUUGUUGUCAUCUGCAAUAGAUGCCGUUCACUCACUCACGCCAAAUGCUUAGCUGCUAAUGAAAAACCUGCAGGAGCGCCUUUUGUGUGCUCAACCUGUAAGGAUCCGAGCCGAUUGGUUUUUACUUUAAAAAAAUUCGAAGUGGAAGGAGAUAAUGGGCGUUAUGAGGGGAUUGAUAAGAAUGCAGCGAAAUUACUCCUAACAGCUGCAAAAAUAGUGUGCAAGUCUUUAGUUAAGGUAACUGACGACGCGGAUUAUGAUGCCAUGAUAGACGUAACUAAGGCCGUUUCAGCAAAGAAAACGGCUAAAUGGGCAGUGGAACAGACUAUGAAUCUUGAAAAGAGUAAUCAUGGACCAUCUUUGAUAGAUUCGGUCACUGAUAAUGAGGAAGACAGUUCUCUGGAAACAUUAAGGGAGACUAAAAAGCUGCAUAGGUUAUUAAUUGGAAAUGCAACCUCUGAAGGCCAGAACGGAAGGGUGGCUAUGGAAAUUGACCUUAACAAGAAUUAGCCCGAAAAUGAUGCAGCUAUGUGGAAGAAUAUUGGCCUGCAUCAGCUAUUUUGUUGACUAUCUAGAAGGUUAGUGUAAUAUGGGUAAAUUUUUUAUGACUAUUUUUAGAUAUUUUCUUUUUGAAGGUCAAUAUUCUAGGCUUUACAGCUGCACAUAAUAAGGUAUGUGAGUUAUACAAGUACCAAGAUAUUUCUUAGUAAUUUUAUAAUUUGAACAUGUGAUGUUAUGAUGGUUAUCAACUUUUGUAUUACGUUUGGAAACCAAAAAGUUAUGCCUUCUGCCUCUUGCA